AUGGCUGGCACCCGGCAGCCAACGUCGGUUCAAGGCCUGGGGUUUGUGCUGGGCGGCCGUCAUCAGAUAUUCAUUCUUUCCGUGCUUUGGUCCGAUGGCAGUGACAGUCUCAUCUACAGGACCUUGCAGGAGUUCCGCCAAUUCCAUAAAAGGCUGAAGAACACCUUUCCCUUGGAGGCAGGUUUGCUGAAGAGUUCAGAUCGCACCCUCCCCAAGUUUCAAGAUACCUCAGCACUUUUCCCCAGUGGAAAGACACGAAGGGGACUGGCCAAGUUACAGAUGCUGGAAGCCUAUUCUCAGAAACUUCUGGGAGCCUCAGAGAUAGUAUCUCAAAGUGAGGUGGUCAUUGGCUUUUUCCAGCCCCAGCCUAGAGACCUGGAGCCUGUCCUGCCCCAGAACAGGUAUUUAUGCCUGGUGGUCAUGCCCUCCCCUUGGGAGGGGCUGGAACAAAAUCUGAAGAAGCCCCUGGCCCCAAAACCAGACAUCCAAACCCUGGAGGCCCAGACUUACCAGUGCGUUGAUAGCUUCAGUACUGAGGACAUCAGGGGCAGAGCCUUUGAGGUUGAAGCUGGAGAACAGCUGGAUGUCUUGCUUAGAGAACCCACAGGCUGGUGGCUGGUGGAGAAUGAGAACAAGCAGAUGGCUUGGUUUCCCGCACCCUACCUCAAGGAACUGUCUCCCAGAAAGGGAAGUGAGGAGCCGCCCCAGAUCCCCUUCGGCGGGCUGCCGUUCUGUGCCACCCAAGCGUACGAAAGCAGCCGGGAGGACGAGCUAUGCGUGCCCGCGGGAGCCCGCGUGACGGUGCUGGAGGUGUCCGAGCGCGGCUGGUGGCAAUGCAGGUACCGCGGCCGCCGGGGGCUCCUGCCUGCGGUGCUGCUGCGUCGCUGCCCGGGCCCCGCGAACGCUGGGGGGCUGGCGCUCCUCAACGGGGACAGGACCCACCCGGAGCCAGAAUCCGAGAGCGGAGCGGAAGCCGAGCCAGGUAGGAGGCAGCCCGGGGAGAGGCGCCUCCACCCGCCCAUCGCCCCAAAGUACAGCUCGGACUCCGGCUCCAGCAGCGACAAUGGGGAGGAGGCCGGUGUCUCGGCGGGCCCCGGCUCCGUCCCCGUCGUGCCCGCCCGGCCCAGGCGAGGGGACAUCCUGCGCAGCUGCUGCUCCGUGACCCGCAGGGCCCUUUUGGGCCCGGAGGCAUUGAGGUCUCCGGGACAGAGGUCCCCAGUCGCCCCGCCCUAACUCCCAGGAAAAUCCUUUCCCUGCUGGGAUCCUAAGACCUGCCCUCUCUGUUGCCCUUCCCCCGUCUGACUUUGUAUUAGAGUGCCUCCUCCCUGCGGGACCGAGUCAGUCUUAAAUAUUUAAUUUUUUUUUUGUACGUGUGAAUAAAGAAAUGUUUCUAGUG